CUUCUUAAAGCCCCUGGGAGGGCCACUGCAGCGACACUGCCACCCUCACCAUGAGUCCCUGGCAGCCCCUGGUGGUGCUCCUGGUACUGGGCUGCUGCUCUGCCGCCCCUCAAAGGCCCCAGCCUACCCUUGUGAUCUUCCCCAGAGACUUGAGAAGCUCCAAUCUUACUGACAAACAGCUGGCAGAGGAAUACCUGUUCCGCUAUGGGUACACUCGUGUGGCCAAUAUGCACCAGGGGAACAAGUCCCUUCGGGCCUCACUGCUGCUGCUUCAGAAGCAGCUGUCCCUACCCGAGACCGGCGAGCUGGACAGCGCCACGCUGGAGGCCAUCCGCACCCCACGCUGCGGUGUCCCGGAUGUGGGCAAAUUCCAAACCUUCGAGGGCGACCUCCGGUGGCACCAUCGCAACAUCACAUACUGGAUCCAGAACUACUCAGAAGACUUGCCGCGCGCCUUGAUCGACGACGCCUUUGCGCGCGCCUUCGCGGUGUGGAGCGCAGUGACGCCACUCACCUUCACUCGUGUGUACGGCCGCGACGCAGACAUCGUCAUCCAGUUUGGUGUCGCGGAGCACGGAGACGGGUAUCCAUUCGAUGGGAAGGACGGGCUUCUGGCCCACGCCUUUCCCCCGGGCCCCGGCAUUCAGGGAGAUGCCCACUUUGACGAUGAAGAGUUGUGGACUUUGGGCAAGGGCGUCGUGGUUCCCACUUACUUUGGAAACGCGGACGGCGCCCCCUGCCACUUCCCCUUCACCUUCGCCGGCCGCUCCUACUCCGCCUGCACCACCGACGGCCGCACUGACGACAAGCCUUGGUGCAGCACCACGGCCGACUACGACACCGACCGCCAGUACGGGUUCUGCCCCAGCGAGAGACUUUACACCCAGCAUGGCAACGGAGACGGCCAGCCCUGCGUGUUUCCCUUCACCUUCGAGGGCCGCUCCUACUCCGCUUGCACCACCGAGGGUCGCUCCGACGGCUACCGCUGGUGCGCCACCACCGCCAACUUCGACCAGGACAAGCUCUACGGCUUCUGCCCCACUCGAGCCGACGCGACUGUGAUUGGCGGCAACGCGGCCGGGGAGCUGUGCGUCUUCCCCUUCGUCUUCCUGGGCAAGGAGUACUCGUCCUGCACCGGUGAGGGUCGCCGCGAUGGGCGCCUGUGGUGCGCCACCACCUCGAACUUCGACACUGACAGGAAGUGGGGCUUCUGCGCAGACCAAGGAUACAGCCUAUUCCUUGUGGCAGCACACGAGUUUGGCCACGCGCUGGGCUUAGAUCACUCCUCUGUGCCAGAGGCGCUCAUGUACCCCAUGUACCGUUUCCUCGAGGGCUCCCCGCUGCACGAGGAUGAUGUGAAGGGCAUCCAACAUCUCUAUGGACCUGGCCCUGAACCUGAACCGAGACCUCCAGUCACCACCACGCGUGAACCACAGCCCACGGCGCCCUCCACUGUCUGCCCUACCCUGCCCCCCACUGCUCACCCCACAGCUGGCCCUACAGGCCCUCCUGCAGCUGGCCCGACAGGCCCCCCCACUGCGGGCCCCCCUCCGGAUCCGGUGGACAAUCCCUGCAACGUGAACAUUUUUGAUGCCAUCGCGGAGAUCGGGAACUAUCUGCAUUUCUUCAAGGAUGGGCGGUACUGGAGGUUUUCUGAAGGCCGAAGGCGUCAGCUGCAGGGCCCGUUCCUUAUCGCCGACACGUGGCCCGCGCUGCCCGCCAGACUGGACUCUGCCUUUGAGGAGCCACUUUCCAAGAAGAUUUUCUUCUUCUCGGGGCGCCAAGUGUGGGUGUACACAGGCGCGUCGGUGCUGGGCCCAAGGCGUCUGGACAAACUGGGCCUGGGCUCGGAGGUGACCCAGGUCACCGGGGUGAUCUCGCGCGGAGGCGGAAAGGCGCUGCUCUUCAGCAGGGAGCGCUUCUGGAGGUUUGACGUGAAGACGCAGAGGGUGGAUUCCCGGAGCGUCACUCCGGUGGACCAUAUGUUCCCGGGGGUGCCCUUGGACAUGCACAACAUCUUCCAGUACCGAGAGAAAGCCUACUUCUGCCAGGACCGCUUCUACUGGCGAGUGAGUUUCCGGAAUGAAAUGAACCAGGUGGACGAAGUGGGCUAUGUGACCUAUGACAUCCUGCAGUGUCCUGAGAACUAGGGUAUCCAUCCUGCUUCAACAGUGCAGUGUGGGUCCCCCUGGGGACCCACCCCAAGGGAGAAGGAGCCAGUUUGCCGGAUACAAACUGGUGGUCUAUUCUGGGGGAUGAGAAGGAGUGGAAUCGGGCUGGGCCCUCUCUUCACACCUUCCUUUUUUGUCAGAAUGUUUCUAAUAAACUUGGAUUCCCUAA